UAAAUUAACUUCCCAAAACAAAAAGUGAUUAACGUGGCACGGCAGAAAUUACAUGAACCCAGAGCAACAACAAACCCCUAUGCCGGCGAUUCCGAUGGCGGCCGGCUGCCGGAGGAUUCCGGCGUUGGGUUUCGGCACGGCGGCAGAUCCUCCGGUGGAACCAGAAAUCGUUAGAAGUGCAGUUGUUGAAGCGAUCGAGGUUGGUUACAGGCAUUUUGACACAGCUGCUCUGUACAAUUCUGAAGAAGCACUGGGUGAAGCCAUAAACGAAGCAAUUAAUGACGGAUUCGUUGAAUCUCGUGAACAAUUGUUUAUUACUUCAAAGCUAUGGUGUAGUGAUGCUCAUCCUCAACAUGUUCUUCCUGCUCUCAACAAAACCCUACGGAAUCUUAAGAUGGAUUAUAUUGAUUUAUAUCUAAUACACUGGCCACUGAGUUCUAAGCCAGGAAUUCAUGAAUACCCAAUUAAAAAAGAGGACUUUAUUCCAAUGGAUUUCAAGUCAGUUUGGGUAGCAAUGGAAGAGUGUCAUAAACUUGGACUCACCAAGUUCAUUGGAGUUAGCAACUUUUCUUGCAAGAACCUUGCUGAUGUUCUUGCCACUGCCAAGAUUCCCCCUGCUGUCAAUCAAGUAGAAGUAAAUCCAUGUUGGCAGCAACAGAAGCUAAGAGAGUUCUGCAAGAGAAAUGGAGUUCUUGUUGUUGGAUAUAGUUCUUUAGGAUCAAUAGGUACCUUUUAUGGAACCAACAGAGUUAUGGAAUCUGAAGUGCUCAGAGAAAUAGCAAAGGCCAGAGGCAAAACCGUCGCGCAGGUUGCUUUAAGAUGGGGAUAUGAGCAAGGCAUUGGCGUGGUGGUGAAGAGCUAUAACAAAGAGAGAAUGAAACAGAACCUCGAGAUUUUCGACUGGUCAUUAAACGAUGAUGAGUGCAGAAAGAUCAGUGAAAUCCCACAAAGUAGAGUUUGUCUUGGUAAGGAUUACACAUCUCCUUAUGGACCUUACAAGACAACUGAAGAACUCUGGGAUGAAGAACUCUGAUUACUGUAAUUUCCAGAAUGAACCAUAUCGUUCGAGUAAUUCUUCUUGUUGUUAUGUCUUCCUCCUGAUUGUGCUAGUUGUAUAUAUCAAGAUAGAAAUAAAAAUGGGCAAAGAUUCAUCCAGUUCCUUGCUGUA